AUGGCUCUGCAGGACUUACUGUGCUGCCGGCCCCGCUCCCCGCCGCCCCCGUGGCCCCUGCCACCCCCCUGCCCGGUGCCUGCUGACACCCCCUGCCCCCUGCCCCACGGCACCACCACGCUGGCCUUCCGGCUGGCCCAGGGCGUGGUGGCAGCAGCUGACACCCGCUCGUCCUGCGGCACCUACGUGGCCUGCCCGGCCUCCCGCAAGGUGCUGCCCGUCCACGCCCGGCUGCUGGCCACCACCUCGGGGACCUCGGCCGACUGCGCCACGUGGCUGCGGGCCCUGCGCUGCCAGCUGGCCCUGCGGCGCCAGGAGGACGGGCGGGAGCCGGGCGUGGCCGAGGCAGCGGCGCUGCUGGCGGGCGGGCUGCGGGCGUGGCGGGGGCGCGGGCUGUGCGUGGCCGUGGCGCUUUGCGGCUGGGACCGCGCCGGCCCCGGCCUCUGGUACGUCUACAGCGACGGCACCCGCCUGCCCCUGGACGUGGUGGCCGUGGGCUCCGGCUCGCCCUACGCCUACGGGCUGCUGGACGGGGCCUACCGCCCUGACAUGCCGCCCGCCGCCGCCUACGCCCUCGCCCGCCGCGCCGUGGCCCACGCCGCCCGCCGCGACGCCUACUCCGGGGGCUGCGUCGACGUCUUCCACGUGCGCCGGAGCGGCUGGGUCUGGGUGUCCCGCGGCGACGUGGGGGAGCUGGGGGGCCUGGCCCGGGCACUGGGGCCCACCGAGGAGGAGGAGGGAGCAGAGCAGACCAGUGUGGACCAGUAUAAACCAGCAGGAACCAGCCUGGAGCAUCAUUAGCCCGUCUACACCAGGACAAACGGACUUGGAGCGUUAUGAAUCGGCGCGGACCAGCGCUCAGCAGCACGACGUAGCUUAGAGCAGCGCAAAGCAGCCGGGCACCGUGACUACAGCCGCCUUGGACCCACCCCGCUCCAGCAGCCCCGCGCCGGACCGGCAUAACCCAGCCUGGCCUCCCGCGAAGCAGCCUGCCGGGCCCCCAGGGACCGCCCAAGCAGGGGAGCCCCGGGCGCAGGCGGCUGUGGCCGCAACUGGAAUAAAGCAGCAGAUGAGCAAUAAACGCGGCUGUGGCCGGGCAGUGCGGUGUCUGGGGGCCGAGACGUAUGGCGGGGGGGGGGGGUGUUCCAUGUUUAUCUCCCCAUCUGGCACCAGCCCUCCAUCCCCCGCCCCACGGCGCCCCCUGCAGGCGAGGCUGGGACUGGAGUAACUGGGAGCCCCACGCGCCUGGCUGCUGGGGGGUGUUAUUCCAGCCAUGCCCUGGGCAUGUCACUCCCUGAUCUGAACUGGGGUCCGGGGGCGGCAGGGUCUGGGCCCCCCCCGACUCCUCCUUCCGCUCGGCUGCUUCGCUCCCCCUCCGACUGCACUGCCCCACGGCCCUGCCACGCGGCCAGCUGCCCGACCCGUCUUUGUCCCUCCGUCCCUCGGUCCCUGCCCCACUCCUUCCGUCCCUGCCCCACUCCUUCCAUCCAGCCCUGCUCCCUCCAUCCCUGCCCCACUCCUUUCGUCCCUCGGUCCCUGCCCCACUCCUUCCGUCCAGUCCCGCUCCCUCCGUCCCUC